CUGGCUGUCACAUGACCAGGUGAGGCUCUGCUACUUUCAGUCAGGAGGAGGUGAGACAUGGCCGGGGUCGGUGUUGCUGUGAGGGGAUUGCUGCUGCGGAAAAGUUUGUUGGUCCGUGCUAUUCCCUGUCGUGGCUUAAGGAUGACACCAUUGCAACAUCAGCAGCAACAGCAGGAGAAGCGUAGCGCUGUGGACACCUAUGAGACCCUGAAGCUGGAGCGAGUGCGGGAGAAGGUCUUGCACGUCGAGCUCAACCGGCCAGAGAAAAGGAAUGCCAUGAAUGCUGCCUUCUGGAGGGAGAUGGUGGAGUGUUUCAACAAGAUCUCUAAGGACUCCGAAUGCCAUGCAGUGGUGAUAUCUGGGGCUGGGAAACUCUUCACAUCAGGCAUCGACCUGAUGGAGAUGGGCAGCGUUUUCUUGUUGGUGGGAGGGGAAGACACCGCUCGCAAGGCUUGGAACAUCCGCCAGAUAAUCCGGGACUAUCAGGAGACCUUCACGGUGCUGGAGAAGUGCCCCAAACCUGUUAUUGCUGCCGUCCAUGGGGGAUGCAUCGGAGGAGGCAUGAAUCUCAUCUCUGCCUGUGAUAUCCGUUACUGUACCCAGGAUGCCUGGUUCCAGGUUAAAGAAGUGGACAUCGGGAUGGCAGCUGACGUGGGUGUCCUACAACGGUUGCCUCGUAUCAUUGGAAAUCACAGCCUGGUGAAUGAACUGGCAUUCACUGCCCGGAAAAUGAUGGCUCCGGAGGCGGAGAGCAGCGGUCUGGUGAGCCGCGUGUUUCAAGACAAGGAGGCCAUGAUGGAGAGCGCCUUCGACUUGGCGGUGGAGAUUGCGAGCAAGAGCCCCGUGGCCGUGCAAGGCACCAAGGUCAACCUUGUCUACUCCAGAGACCACUCGGUGCCCGAAGGCCUAAAGUACAUGGCCACUUGGAACAUGAGCAUGUUGCAGACGGAGGACAUUGUGAAGUCGGCCCAAGCUGCGAUGGAGAAGAAGACCCCCAAGCAGAUUACGUACUCCAAGCUCUAGCUGCUCCCUCCUGUGUUUGGGGAGGCAGCUGAUGCCCAUGGCAAGCGUUUGGGUCAAUCGGCCUAAGCUGGACUCCGGGCCCACUGUGCUAUGAAAACAGGGGUCGGUGCCUUACCACGGCUGGCCCCACUGUGUGCUUCCUUUCAAGAUCUGCACUUUUGGUGAUGGUUUCAAUCUUUAGACGAGCAGGAGGGUGAAGUCCUUUUUUUGGAAAACGUGGGGAGAUGUGCCAUAGAAGAGAAAGAAAUGUUAAGCAUGCGCAACCAUUUUUGGAAAUGAGGUUCAGUGGACAGAUUAAAGGGAUAUUUUUAAUGACAUUCUAAA